UCUCAGAUGUUUAUUAACUAACCACGUUACACUAUGUCUUUAACAAAAUUUACCUGGAAAGAUUUUUCCUGGUUGAAUGAACCUAGAAAAUGGAAAACAACCAUUGAUAUCUUAGAAAUCUCAACCAAUUAUGAGAGUGAUUUUUGGCAAGAAACUUUUUACAAUUUCCAUCAUAACACAGGACAUUUAUUUGGAAUUAAUGUUAAGGAAAAUAUUACAAUGCAGGUGUGCGUAGAAGCAAAUUUCGAAGAGCUUUAUGACCAAGCAGGUGUUAUGAUAUAUUCAGAUGAAAAGCACUGGUUUAAAGCUGGUAUAGAGUUCAAUGACGGACAGCCAAUGAUCGCUAGUGUUCUAACUAACGAACUAUCUGACUGGGCUACAGGCAUAUUUACUGGCAACCCUGGGAAAUUUUGGAUGCGCAUUACAAGAGUUGAUCAUGUUAUUUGUGUGAAAUAUUCAGCGGAUAAAAUUGUAUGGCAUCUUUUACGUCUCUGUCCGUACCCUGAAGCUGAUAAAUAUUUCAUCGGAGUUUUCUCUUGUUCACCUAAGAGAGAAAACUUUAAAGUUACCUUUAGUGAGCUUGACUUUUCAGUACCACAAGAAGAUAUUCUCCAUUCAAAUUGAAUUGUUUAGUCUGAACAUAAAUAUAGUCCUACAAUGCAUAAUACAAAUGCCCGCCAUGAGGCCGCCACAAUCUCCGACGAUGUUGGAACCUUCUUCAUAUGUUAUGUAAAAAUAUUUUUUUCAGUUAGCAACAGACACACAGACUCGUAUUUUUUUAAGAAUUCGAACCGAUAAAAGUUGACAGCUAUUCAUAGGACAUUAGGGAUGUGAAUAAAUCACAAAAGAGACUUUAAAAAUUCCUUUUUUAACGAUCAAUUUUACUAAAAUUGUAUUCAGGUUAAAUAAAAGUAACAUUUUCAUUAA